UAUCACUAUGUCAGUUGGAUUUUUAAUGUUUUUGUGCUUUGCACUCGUGACUAUCACAUAUAGUAGGAAUACAAGAAUCAUAGAGGGAUCUUACGCAGAUAUUAACGAUUAUUCAUUUUAUGCAUCUGUGAGGCGCAUUUCAGAUAAUCUACUAUUGUGUGGCGGUGCCAUUAUAACAAACAAACACAUCCUCACAGCAGCGCAUUGUUUUCCCGAUCUUUUAUAUGCUUAUGUCAAUUCGAAAAUUGUCACAGGAACGUCAAAUAUUACCGCCAAUCCCGGUAAUACGCAUCUUCCUAAAAAAAUUUAUAUUCACCCAGGUUUCACGAGUGAAAUAAAUGAACAAAAAUUCAUGUACAACGAUGUUGCUGUUAUUAAGGCUACACAAUGA